GGCAACAAAAAGCAACGUGCGUGUUUGUUUCGAUUCAGGAAUUUACGAAAAUUGUGCAAUUUUUAUCGUAACAAAAGCAAUCAAAAACAUAUAAUGAGAAAUCUCUACCGGCAAAGCUACCGGUAUCACCGGGUGCCGAGCUUUGAAGAUUUCGAUCCCAGCUCGGUGACGGUGGCCCUAGACUCCAAUCGGGAGGAAGUUCUGUACAUGGUGGCUCGGUUGCGAAAUCUACCAACGCUCAUGCUGUACCGGGUCGACGAGCACGAGAACAUGUGCAGGUUCCAGCUGUUUUCGCCACCCAACGACGUCGUAGGUCUGGAGCACUUGUCCCAGUCGGAUAUGGUUUGUGUGGCCACCGAAGGCGGUGAGGUAAUGCUGGUGCCCAGCCAAAAUGAGAAGAUCGUUUACGAUCCCGAUUGUGCCACCUUCUGUUGCGAUGGACUGCGGGCGAUGGCUUGGAGCCCCAGUCAGGAGAUUGUCGUAUUCGUAGAUAGCAAUCUGAAAGUCGUUACCAUGAACGCUGACUACGACACGAUCGGCGAAGUAAACCUGAAGGAAAAUACCUUCGGCGAUCGGGAGUUCAUGAGCGUUGGAUGGGGUAAGAAGGAAACACAGUUUCAUGGUUCGGAGGGUAAGGAAGCGGCCUCGCGCAAUAAGAAAGAGGAAGAGCAGAUGGGACACGUUGAUCUGGAAACGGUUGAUCAAAGUGUGGUGGUUAGCUGGCGAGCGGAUGGUGAAUUGUUUGCCGUCGGAUUUGCUGGACCCUUCGGUAGGGCUUUCAAGGUUUUGAAUCGGGAAGGGGCGCUGCAGUUCACAUCGGAAAAGUGUUUCGGGUUGGAGACGCCGCUUGCGUGGAAACCCUCGGGAUCGUGGAUCGCUAUGCCGCAGGUCGUGAAGGAAACCUAUGUGAUGGCUCUAUUCGAAAAGAAUGGUUUAAGGCAUAGGGAGUUUGAGCUACCUUUCCGAAGAGAGGAGUGGUCCGUAACCGGUUUACACUGGAGUAACGACUCUGAUGUGUUGGUUGUCCAAACGAGUAAGAAUGAUCAAACUUUACAUGGAUUGUAUUUUUACGUGAUAACCAACUACGAGUGGAACGUAAAGCAGUAUUUGGAGUAUGACAGCAAAAUCUUGUUCACUGGAUGGGACAUGAAGUACUCUGUAGGGAGAACUUUGCACGUUGUGUUGGAUUAUGGCCAAUAUGAGGUGUCGCGAUGGGACUUCCGGAUAGAUCAUUCCGUAGGAAAAGAUAGUUCUGAUGCAGCGAUAGUAGCUGUCAUCCACGAUUGUACCCUGAAGUUGACGAAUUUCCGUGGAGCCGUUGUCCCACCGCCGAUGUGCAGCUACCCUCUAAAUAAUCCACAUAGAGUCAAUGCUGUGAGCUUUUUACGAGUCUCGGAUGAAAAGCUGGACUCGAAUUGCUUAUUUGUAGUGGAUUAUGCUAAUCGAGGCUACUUCUAUAAACCGGUUUUCUCGGAUGGCCCCAUCAAAAUUUUACAGAAAAUGCAAAUGUUGGGUAAUCCGAUUGAAAUGGGAUCUGGUCAUUUUUCACACUGGACGUGGGUGACCAAAGAUCUAGUGGCAGUCAUGGACGAGUACAACUGCGUCAACUUAUUUACACUUGCAAACAAAAACGGAGAAACGGUUAUCAAAACUCAGGAUAAAAUUCGAAUUCACGAAACGCCAAUCAUCUGCAUGGAAGCUGUUGAUCAUGAAACAAUUUUGUUUUUCGGUAACGAUGGAUCUGUUUAUCGGUUGAUUAUACCGGAUGCGCUUGUUGAAGAACAAUGCAACCUACCAGAGUUUUGCGAUCAAAUGUACAUUCGAUUGAUAGGAGAUGAACAUUUUAAGGUUUACGCUCUUAGAAAACGGCAGAACCUUUACGUGGAUGAUCAGAAAGUCGCAUCUAAUGUCACCUCUAUGUUUUUGACAGAACAGUAUCUGCUUUUUACUACCAUUUCGGAGUUGAAAUUUUUAGACCUACAAACCGACACAGUGGUUGACGAGCGACGAAUUGAACGGGGAGCUAAGCUGGUGAUCGUUGUUCCAGGUACAUCCCGUACCAUCUUCCAACUUCCCCGAGGAAAUCUAGAAGCGGUUGCCCCUAGAGUUCUGUCUCUACGCAUCCUAUUCGAUCAAUUGGAUAACUUGGAAUACCCUAAAGCCUUCGAAACCAUCCGUAGAGAGCGCAUUAAUUUGAAUGUGAUCGUAGAUCAUAACCCAGAACUGUUCCUGGCAAACAUAGACCAUUUUAUCAACAGUAUCCCGGAAAAAUCGUGGCUUAACAUUUUUAUUACCGAGCUCCAAAAUCAGGACGUUUGUCGAGAUAUGUACAGCAGUACCUAUCGUUAUCUUAAAACGAAGCCUGCAAUUCCUUAUAAAAUGGAAAACAAAGUUGAAUUUUUAUGUGACCGAAUGUUGCAGGCCCUUCAAAAAGGUCCCCAAGAAUUAUCUCUGCUGUAUCCUAUUGUGACCUGUCACGUUAAGAAAGGCAAUCUGGAGGUUGUCCUUAGGAUAAUUUGGAAAAACAAGCAGGUUGACAAAUCUGGAACUGCGGAAAAACUGUUGAAAUACUUACUGUACAUGGUGGAUGUUAACAAACUCUUUAAUGAAGCUCUAGGGAUGUAUGACUUUGGAUUAGUUCUGUUCGUGGCCACACAGUCACAAAAAGAUCCUAAAGAGUAUCUGCCUUUUUUGAACGAAUUAAAACAGUUGGAUGAGAACUAUCGCAAAUUUCGUAUCGAUUGUCAUUUGAAAAGGUACGAAAAAGCCAUUGAGCACAUUGCUCUAUACAGAGAUGACGAUGAAAAGUUCAACGAAGCGCUCCAGGUGAUAGUUAUCCAUGGUCUGUACGCUAAAGCCAUUAACUGCUACCGAGGCAUAACCAAGUACUACCAGCAGAUUUGUGCCAAAUAUGGUGACAAUUUGCGGCAAAGCAAUAAGCAGCUCGAAGCCAGCUUGAUGUACGAGAAAGCGGGAGAUUUGCAUCAAGCUAUUGCAUCGGCUAGGAAUGGCGUUGAAUGGGAACGAUGCAUGAAACUUGCAAGUAUGGCCAGCUUUAGUGAAGAGGAUACUAUCAAACUGGUUAAUUCUCUGAUACCGGCCUUAACGGAGGCAGGAAACUACGAAGCCGCAGCAAAGUUGGCUCGUGAUUGGCUGAAAAACAGCCGGCUUGCAGUUGAUAUUCUUCUGAAGGAUAAUCUUUUUGAGAAAGCUUUAACUGAAGCACAUUUUGCAGUCAACGAUCAGAUGUAUAUGGAACUAAAAUUCACGUUCAACGAAGAAAUAAAGCAAGUUAUAUUCAAAAGUCUACAGCAGUAUCUACAAACUCUUGCCGGCAAGCUAGCGGAGGAACAGGCCGAAUUUCUCAAAUACAAGAACCGCCUUCAGGUUGUUAGAGUCGAGAGGGCAAACAAAAAAGUGGAACCCAAUGUAGAGGAAGAUGAUGGGCGUGAUGUGGAGGACUGUGAUCUCUACUCGGACGCCUCUACUGUUGCCUCUUCGCAGCGCUCAAACAGUUCGGGAAGGUCUGGAAAAUCACAUCUAUCGAGCAAAAAUCGUCGAAAGCACGAACGCAAAUUGUUUAAUCUCAAAGAGGGUAACCCGUAUGAAGAUAUCGCGCUGGUGAACGUUCUGCAUGGGUUAGUGCACAAAAUUUGUGGCUUGGAACGGCAACGACACAUUCGGGACAUUUGUAAGGUGGCCAUCGAGCUGGAUUUGUAUGUGGAUGCCACGAUCAUUCAGCGAUCCUAUGGAAAUCUGUUCCAGUUGGUAAGAUAUUCGCUGGACGCCAUCUGGAUUCCCGAAAUGAUUGUGCGCGGUAGUGGCCAGGACGUUGAGGAGACAGCUGCGAUCACCGGAGAUCUGGAACAGGUGCAGAACGCGCAGCAUUAUGCUUUGAUAGUUCCCCAUCAACGGUAUAAACCGGAAAUUCAAAGCAUACCAUGGCAGUUUGACCUGUUGAAGUAAACGGUAAAUUGAUCGUUAAGUUAUUAUUUUUAAGAAUAAACGACCAAGUUUGAUAAAGGGAAAAACUUGGAGAAGACAUCUUAGUCGGUAUUUACAUUCAUAGGACUGGAAAGAAGGGC